AUGGGCUGCUGCGACGUGACGAGAGCGGGUCCGGCCGUCCACAGCCGGCACCUUGUGCGGGACGCGGCUCUCACGGCCUGGCUGUUCGGGACAGUGGUCUGGAUUUUGGUGUCUGCCACCCGGGUGCCGCUGCCGCUGCUGCAGGGAUGGGUGAUGUUCGUGGCGGUGACCGCGUGGUUCCUGUCCGUCGUCUUCCUCUGCGUGUUCCUCUUCAGCUACGCAAACAGGAUUGCCAUCAACUGGAACCAGGCGGAUUUUCUUUUCCAUGGAGCUACUUUCGUCUUUUAUUUUGGAGCCUUUCUACUGCAAGCAGCAACUACGUCUCUGCAUCAUCUACCCCGUAACUUUAAUUCCACUACACAAGAAACGCUUCUAGCUGAGCAUGAAUAUAACAUAAGCAUAGCAGCCUCGAUUUUUGCCUUUGCAACAGCUAUUUGUUAUGGCUGCAGCACAGCACUGGCACUAAGAAGAUGGAAGCUAUAGCAGUUGAAGAGAGGUUAAUGCUCGAGUGUUCCACUUCAGAUCAAAGUAAAUGCCACUUGUC